AUGACAGAUACCUCCUCCCUCGCCAUCACGCACGCCACAACGGAUCCGUAUCCGGUUCCCGCUCCUCCAGGCUCACCUCUCGCCAACGGCGCCAUCUCAGACUCAGUCGCCCCCGACGAAGAAGAGCCGUACACCAUCAAGUGUAUCUGUCAGUUUGACGAAGAUGAUGGUAGCACGGUAUUCUGCGAAGGGUGUGAGACGUGGCAGCACAUCAUCUGUUACUACCCAGACAAGCGGGUACCUGAUGUGCACAACUGCGUUGACUGUGAGCCUAGGCCGUUGGACCACCGCCGCGCUGUCGAGCGCCAGCGGCAAAAGAGAGUCAAAGAGCAGAGCGAGGACGGGGACCGGAAAAAGCGACCGAGUGCGAAGGCUCCAAAGAAGAAGGGCAAGGAGGGCGAUGUGAAUGGAUUUGGUUAUCAGCGAAGCGAGUCAGGGGCGCGCGAUCAGCCCCCGGCCAAGAAGACCAAGACUUCCCAUCGCUCAUCCGCGUCCGUCAGCGCCUUAACUGGUACACCGACCCUCCCCUCGGAGACCCGAAAACGACGUUCCUCUACCUCCCUCGCUCCUAGUCCCACGAAAUCUUCCGGCCCUUCCAUCCCGCUGUAUUCCAACGAAUUCCUUCACCUCUACGACCGAGACGAUGAACAUGUGGACAUGGACAGUAAUCUAUUUGUUAAUGUGAGUCUAGUGGGCGAUACCGCUUCGUGGGUCAAGGAUCCGGAGGCUCUAGCGCGCGUCACCAAUGGGCGCGCCGAGAAUACGUUCAACUGGUCGGAUGCAGCCUUGGAUCGUUCGCGUUGGCCAGCCUUGACCACCGACGUUAUCACGGACUCCAGCCUCGAGAUUGGCGGGACGAAUCCGACCUGGAAAAUCGUGAAGACCCAGGACGCUGUGCAGAAAGAUCAAAUCGUGGGGGAGAUCACCGGCAAGGUCGGCAUUUUUGACGAUUACUGUCUUGAUCCCAACAAUCGUUGGCCGGAGCUGCGGCAUCCAGAACCAUUCGUCUUCUUCAGCUCACACCUCCCCCUCUACAUUGACAGCCGCCACGAAGGGAGUGUCCUCCGCUACACCCGUCGGUCAUGUCGUCCCAACGUCACAAUGAAAAUAUUCAUCACCAACGAUGUCGAGUACCACUUUUGUUUCGUUGCCAAGGAGGAUAUCCCUGCCAACUCCGAGAUUACAAUCAUGUGGUAUCUCGAUGCUCAGUUGUCCGAGUCAUCGAAUGGUUUGGUGAAGCAGGAGUCUGGCGACAGUGCGACCGAGGCUGCGGCCAUUUGCAUUAGUAACACACUCGCCAAUUUUGGAGGCUGUGCGUGUGAAUCGCCUCAAAACUGUCUGCUCGCGAAUUUGGAUCGCCGACGGCAUCCUAAACUACCCGAGUCUAGUGCCAAACUGACCAACGGUAAGCGGAAAAAGGCCAAGACCAAGUCAACCGCAUCGCCACGAGACAUGAGUCGCGCAUCCAUGAGUCGCGCGGGAAGUGAGACAACGAAGCAUCCGGAGGAUGAUGAUAUCGCUGCGGAAUCUCGAUCCACGUCGGGUUCUGCUCGUGGACAACCCCGUAGCCGGGACAUGAGUCCUGUGCUCCCGGAGUUGUCCACCCGUGAAAAGCGCAAGAUUGCGGACGCUGAAAAGCACUUCCAGCAACUGGAACAGCAAGAGCAUCGCCCUACGACGCAAAAGAAAAAGAAACGCCUUAGCGGGCCAUCAGCGCAAUCACCAGAUGGAGUGGUAAGCUCCACACAAACCGGAUACUUUCCCUCUCAGCCGCGGUCAGCAAAGUCACUCCGUCUUGAUACUGCCGGCCACUCUCGCUCUCCCACUACGGCCCUAUCACCUAGGUCUUUCCUCGUCGGUCGUCAUGGAUCACCUCGGAAGACCUCCGGAUCUAAUACACCUUUUACCCGCUCUCCUCUCAACCGCCCCACGUACGUGGACGCCGCGAUCCAAGCGGAUCUCAGUGAUCUUGAUGAACCGUCAAUUCCCGGCCCAUCACCACGCACUCGUUCCGUGUUCGUCCCGAUGACACUGCGGCUCCUGAAGCGGUUCAGCAUGGAUCGGAUGAGGUCUGAAGAGGUUGCGCGACAGCAGUUAUCUUCAGCAGGCUCUGAUAGCGUGGCCCCGGCAGGAUCUUCGUCUCCUGCCACGGUCCGAUCUCCUAUUGUUGGUCACGACAAGUCUGACUUCACUAUGGCCGACGCGGACAACUUGCAGAAGCCCUCGACGCCGGUCGGCCCUGGUGAUGUAGAGAUGCAGGAUGCUUCUACCAAUGCCGAGUCUGAUUCGCUCCGAGGUAAUCAGGAUCCCAGCAAGCCGCCCGUUCCUCCUCCGUGGCCAUCGACUCUCGCCCACAACACCCGGCUUCCAGGGUCUAUCACGCCAGUUGACCACGGCAACCUCCGCGUCACUAUGCCCCCUCCAUCCAAUAUCCCCACAGUUCCUCCUCUCGCGGCCAGCCCUGGAGCUGCGUCCAACGCAAGUCUCCCGUCUCCCAUCACAUUCGAUAUAUCUCAUCAUGCCACUGUGCCCCCGCCCGUCUCGGCUGCACCAAUAUCAACCCCUGCCAAGAAGAAGCUCAGCCUCGGUGAUUAUCUCAACCGAAGGAAUACCAUGACGACCACUCCGACCUCGGAAAAGUCUCAUGUCCAGGCGGCAACGGUUCCGGCUCCACCGAUAUCGCCUUCAACGCCAGGGUCAGGACCAACGGCCAUUGCAGACGGUGCCCAGACUCCCCCAAAGGCGUCCCAAGACGCCAAGGCUGAGGAGUCGUUGGAAUCUCCUGAUGUAGCGAUGAAAGACGCCCCUGAAUCGACGCAACCACACAUCCCCUCCAUCUCAUCAUGA